ACAUAAUAUGGAGGACGUUAACUGAGGAAGAUUGGGACAGGACCCAGAAUCAUAUGCGUCAUGUCAGACUUCAGUUAUAUCUGUACUCCACGUACCAUUCCAUACAAGUACAAGACAAUUCCCCAAGUCUUCAACGAAAUAACAACAUCAUUUCCUGAUCAAGAAAUUCUCAUUUAUCGAGGUAUUGAGGGAACCCGGGAAAGCUUGACUUGUCGUCAACUUCAGACACACGCAACAAAAAUAGCAGGUUUUCUCAUUAGAAAAGGAAUCAAGAAGGGAGAUAAAAUUGCUAUCUCUGGAUCCAACACCCUAGAAUAUGCGAUCGCAGAAUUAGCCAUAAUCAUGGCGGGUGGCAUUGUUGUUCAUGUGCCCUUCAGCAUCACCGAUACCAGCGACGUUUACGAAAUAGUUUCAAAAGCUGAGUGCAAGGGUUUUUUGAUUGACCCUGGCAAGCGAAAUGAAUAUUUAGAAAUGAUUUUACAACUUAAUGCCUGUCUAAUGAAACACUCAAAUGUUUCACCUUUGAUUUUUCUCAGAAAGAGCAAGUAUUUCUCAUCCUAUGAUGACCUUCAGGGAGUAUUGCAGUCGGAAGAAGAAAUUGAAGUUGAAUUUCCUACACUCUACCCCGAGGAUGAAAUUGUGAUUUUCACGACGUCUGGAAGCACGGGAAAGCCUAAAAUGGUCCCCAAAACACACUUUCACGCAACUAACAAUCAUAUGAUGUCUUCUGGGAAAACUUACAAUGAUCGACCAUUUGCUUGGAUUGGAGGAUGUCCCAUUCUCACAGUGUUUCAAGGGUUACCUAGAGUAUUUUGUGAUUCCUCAAUUGCCAUCGAAGGACAUAGCACUAUGAAGAUAUGGGAAGUAAUCAAAGAGGAAAAAUGUACAUCGGCAAUAUUAUUACCUUACUUUCUUUUAGAUCUGGUGGCUAAGGAAGCAAAUUACAAAGACUCGUUCCAACUUGAUGUGGUUGUCACAGGUGGACAACCGAUUGACAACCUCCACGCGAAGAUCGUUGGCGUAUAUACCAAGACUCUUUCAAACUUAUACGGAUUAACCGAGGCGUUUUUCGCAUCCGUUCUUCCGCCUAUAUCCACUGCUGCUGAAAUGAAAACUGGGGACGUAGGGAAACCCAUACCUGGUAUAGAAGUGAAGAUCAUUGAUGGAGAUGGAAAUGUUUUGAGAAAACAUGAGAAUGGGGAGCUUUGUAUACGGAGUAUUUGUGGUUUGGAGAAAUUCUACAGGAACACCGGCAACACUGACGAGGUCCUUUUGCCUGGGAAGUGGUUUCGUUCUGGAGACAUCGCACAUAUAAAUGAAGACAAUCAUAUUAUAUUAAAAGGGCGUAUGAAGGAAUAUAUAUCCCGAGGUACAAGGAAAAUUAUGCCAAGCAGUAUCGAAGAAGUUAUUAUAACAAUGAAUGGUAUAAGAAAUGCUAUUGUGGUUGGUGUACCUGACAAGCGUCUAUACGAAGAAGUGUGCGUUUGCUAUGUCACAGAUCCAGGACAUGAAAUUUCUCCAACAGAUGUAAAACAGUUUUGCCUGGAAAACUUUGUUGGGCAUGAUGCUAUUGAUGGUCUCGGAGAAAUGCCAAUGUAUUUUAUCCGCUUCCAUAGUCUGCCGAUGCUUGUUAAUGGAAAGAUCAACAAAAACCAGAUGAGAAUUAACGCCAUUCAACAGCUAGAAUUGCUUGAUCAGAUGGAAGAUUAACUCUUGAUAUCACAUGCCAAAACUGAAUUUUCUGGUUUUAGCAAUCAACAGAAAUGUGAAUAGAAAAUCUUCGAACUUCCUUUUAAACACUUGUGUUGUAUAUAACACCCCAGAUGUGCAUAUGUACUCCAGAUUAAUCAGUGUUAGUGUAUUUUCAUUGUCUUGAUUUCGGGGAUUUUAUAAAAAGGGUACAUUGUCCUGGUUGUCUUAUAUAAUUUAUGUAUGGACUACAUAUAACUACAUAUGGUUAAAUAAACGUUUUCAUACUUGCU